AUGAGCGUGGAAUUAAUUGAUAAAGAAGUAUCAACGGAUGAUCUCGAUGUUGAAAAUGUCAUCGCCGCCGAAGAAAAAGAAAAUCAAGAUGAAAUGCAUUCAAAAGAAAAAGAAAAAAAAGAAAAUUCCGGUACGGAUUUACAAAAAUUGGAAGGGGUUUUAUCAGUUUUGGUUGAAAAUAAAGUUUCAUCGAUAAGAAAUUGUGGGAAAAAAUAUAAAGAAAAAAAAUUAUUUAUAUUCAACAAGUUUAAAAAUAAAUUCGAUCAAGUCGAUACGAAUGCAACAAUCAAUUGUCAAAGUGAUAAUAAAAUUCGUCAAUUUAGGACUAAUUCAUCGGCAAAUUUAAUUUCCCCGUGUAACAGGUACGGUUGCCGUGCGAACAGAUGUAGAUCACUCGUACCUUGCGACGUGUCGACCGAUUAUUGCAAACAUCACGGUUUCGCGAAAUACUCUCACAAUUCUACGAGCACACCCAACGACCUUUAUCCUCAACAACAAUCUUUCGGAAGCUACGACGCAUCUUUAUACUAUCAACCACCCGAGAGUCCCUGUUGCGGACUGAGUUCCCAUUUCGAACCGAGAUUAGAUAGGAAAAAACUUUCCCAACAAAAAUGUCUUCCAAAACAAUUGAGCACGGAACGAUGGUUGAAUUCGACGACGUCUAGGCAAACAUCUACGGAAACGGCGACAACAUCUUCCGGUUACAUAUCCCCAACUUUCGGCGGUGACAACAGGAAACAUCGAUCGAAACACGUCGAUGAGGACGUUCAAAGAAUACAAGAUUCGACGGAAGGUACGAGCAACGGUGAUAGCGAGACAAUAAUCGACAUGUCUAAAAUUCAAGCUCAAAAAACGUUAGACGCGAUACAAGAAACGAUCGAUGAUAAUAAUAAAACCUUAACGGAUCCGAGAACGACAACAAACGAAUUAGUAGAUGAGUUUAGUGCAAAUAAUUCAAAUGUAAAACCCGUCAGGAUAAAAUGCAAUAGAUCGUGUCACGUUUUUUUACCGCAGUGUCUCUCGACGACAUGCCUUCCCUCGUGCAGGUUUUCAAUGGUCGAUGAUCAGGGAUGUUACAACGAUGCUCCCUACAGGCAUUUACAUCCCAGCGGGGGUCAUUACAUGUCUUGUUACAACAGUCCGACUCAUUCAUUUCAUCGAGAUCAAAGUAUUGUGUAA